GCCAGUGGAAUGUCGAAGAGGGGAGUGUGUCCGGAAGAAAAGCUGUUAAUGCCCCGCGAGGAAUAAUGCAAAACAUUUACAUUUUUUAGUACAUAAUUUGUUUCGAAAACUUGCCUUUUCGAUUUCACAUGAGAAGAGCGAUGAAGACGCGGUCCUCCUCGCCGCCGAUACACGUGCACGUGGCCGAGAGCACGCCUGUGCACGUGCACGUGAAGAAGGGCCAGAAGAGCACCUCAGUCAGGUCCCCGCAGAGAAGCGUCCAGGAGGCCAAGAUGAGGGCAGAGGCGGGGAAUCUCCGGCCCACGGCGCAGGUCAAGAUGCGCGUGCCCUGGAUACCCCCGGGCAAGACCUCCACACGCGACGCCCUGUACAAGUGGGAGGGCCCCACGCACCGGCUGGAGAUCACGCCUCUGGCCGAGCCAGACCCCGGCCAAUCGGCCGCGCUGCGGCUAUCUGACCUCUCCGCCCAGGAGGGGGAGGUGCUGCAGGGCCGCAUCGACCAGUACGAGAGGAAGAUCGACAGCCUGGUGACCGAGGUCAUCUCCCUGAAGAGCGAGGUGAAGCUGCAGCAGAAGGAGCAGCUCCUGGGGCUUCAGUCGGAGCAGCUGAGCGCAUCGCAGCGCCGCAUCGCAGAGCAGAAGGAGGAGCUGGCCGAGGUCGCCAAGGAGCUGGAGGUCACGGAGUGGGAGAACUCCCGGCUCCGCCUCUCCGUGGAGAAGAUGCAGGAGGAGACCGAUUACAGCAGGCUGGAGAAGGAGGCCCUGGAGCAGGAGAAAGACGCCCUCCUGAGGAAGCUUCUGGAAGUGGAGAUGGACGGAGCGGCGGCCUCCAGACAGGUGUCGGCCCUGCGGGAGGCCGUGGGCGGCCUGAGGACCGAGAGGCCCUUAUCGGGGCAGGACUCCACGCAGCUGUCCCAUCAGAAGGAGCUCCUGCUGCAGAAGCUGGAGACCUUCGCGGAGACCAACCGCGCCCUGCGCCAUCUACUGAGGGAGCAGCACGGCCGUGAGGUCGAUGCGUUGCGGAUGACGGAGCAGAGGGACCUCAUGCUCAAGAAGCUUGCAGACACUGAGGCACAGAACACGCUGCUGCUGGUGAAACUUCAGGACAGAGAGAGAGAGCUGGAUCAGCUCGCAGUGUUGCUGCAGACUGAAAAGGAGAAUGCGAGGACCACAGCGGAGCUGUCCAAAGCGCUGGAGUCCACACGCGCUCACCUGCAGGGCCAGCUGCGCAGCAAAGAGGCUGACAACAACCGCCUGGCCGUCCAGAUCCGGAAGCUGGAGCGGGCGGUGGUGCAGCGGCAGGGGGAGGCGGACCAGGCGCAGGCGCAGCUGAGGCAGCUGAAGCAGCAGGGCGACGGGGACAAGGAGGCGCUGAAGAGGGCCACGCGCGUGCAGAGGGAGCGGGCGGAGCGCGGCGAGGACGCCGCCGGACAGCUCUCUGCGCAGCUGCUGCAGAAGGAGGCCCAGCUGGGCGACGCCCUGGCUGCAGCAGAGGCCUUCCAGAACCGCCACGACCAGGAAGCCCAGGAGAGGAGCCGGGUGGAGGUGGAAGUGACCGUUCUGAACAGCCGGGUGUCUGACCUGACAGCACAGCUCCGCUGCGUGGAGGAAAAGGCGCAGUUAGAGAGGGAGGGGCUUAUGGACCGACUCCAUGCCCUCACGUCCGAGAGCACCGCCCUCCGACUGGAGAACCAGAGCCUCAAGGCCACUCAGUCUGCAGUAGAGGAGAAGCUGUCUCUCUCUCAGUCUGAGCUGCAGCAGGUGAAGGGUUCAGUUAAACAGUAUGAGAGUCUACUGGAGAGCUACAAGAGCCAGGUGCAGAAGGCGCGGGCGGAUGCGGACGAGCGCAGGCUGCAGCUGGAGCGGGCGGGGCAGGAGGCGCAGGCUCUGCGGGCGGAGGGGGGGCGGGAGGUGGAGGAGGUGCGGGCGGAGCUGCAGGGCCGGCUGCGGGAGCUGGAGCCGCUCCCAGAGGCGCUGAAGAGGGCGGAGCUGCAGCUGCGGGAGGAGCAGAGCCGCGAGCGUGAGCAGGAGAGGAGGAUCUCUGAGCAGAGCAGAGCGUUCGCCGAGCUGCGGCUCAAGGUGGAGCAGCAGGGGGCGGGGCUGGAGGCGUCCAGGGUGAAGAACGUGGCCCUGCAGGAGGACAACAAGCAGCUGCAGCACCAAGUGGAGAGUCUGGAGCGGAAGCUGAGCGACGCCAGCGCGCAGAACAGGGAGCUGGUGCAGGUGGUGUCGAAGCGGGAGGACUCGAUCCACAGCGGCCAGCUGCGGCUGGAGGAGAAGUCGCGCGAGUGCAGUGCGCUCGUCCGCCAACUGGAGGAGGCGCUGGACAGCGCCCGGCGCCAGAUGGUGCAGACGCGGGAGCGGGCCUCGUCUAAGGAGCGCGCCACUCAGGCCAAGGUUCUGGAGCUGGAGACGCAGCUGAGCCGGACCAAAACGGACCUGAACCAGCUGCGCCGGGACAAAGAGGAUGCUGAGCGGCGGUUCCAGAGCCGGCUACAGGACGUGAGGGAUCGGCUGGAGCAGUCGGACAGCACCAACCGCAGCCUGCAGAACUACGUCCAGUUCCUCAAGGCCUCCUACGCCCACGUGUUCGGAGACUCCGCCCUCACCAGCUCCGCGCUGAGAGCCCCUUCCCCGGUCUGAGCAGGCUAUGCGUCUCUCAGAGACACGCCGAUACCAAACCCCGUACAGCACCGAUACCAAACCCCGCGCGGCACUGAUACCCUCCCUCUCUCGCCUCUGACUCUGUCUUCAUUGUGUGCUAAACAGCAGGGGCUCUCAAUCCUGGUCCUGGAGAACAGGGUGGAUGGUGUUUGUUUUCACCUUCAAAAAUCUGCUAGCAAUUCAGACCUAAGAAACCAGGUAAGUGCCGAGUAAUAUAAAAAAAGCCAGCAGACUUUGAAGCUCUCCAGGACCAGGCAUGAGGACCCCUGCAAGACUGUAUUUUGUCCGUCCAAGUUUUACAUGAAUUUCUUACAAUUUAUACAAGUAUGAUAAUUACGUUUACAAACUUUUGAGAAAGAAGUGUAACCUUUUUUUUUUUAUCAUGAUUUAUUCAUUUUAUUUAUUUAUUUAUCACAGCGUUUGUGAAAGCAUUUUAUGGGGUCUUUUUAAAAAACAAAAAAUAAAAAACUAAUUGCAAAUAUGUCACGGUGCUAUAGAAGUGUGCUAUUAUGGAAGUAUUUCUAGUGCCCUUCAGGGCUGUGUGAACAUAAAUUCAGGUUCAAUAUUUAUAUUUGCAAUAUCUAUGGUUUUGCUUUUAAUUGUUUGAGUUUUGACUUAAGUUGUUGAUUCAUGUUUCACAAAAGAAGGAGGUUCAGUACUGUAAUACGAACACAGUAUCCACAAAGCUACAUGUCAGAGAUAAUGGCUGUCACUGUUUCUGUGUGCGUGAAUGUCUGUGCUUCAAAUGAUUUACACAAGAUUUAUAUUCUAGCUAUUCUAGUUACAGAUAGAAUUUAUUCAGAAAAAUGAAUUUAAAUAUAAUAAAGUGUAAGUUUAAAAAAUUGAAGCUCCA